CAAAUCCGGAUUCCGCUACUCAAUUGUUGUUAAAUUUCUGAACGAUCUACCAAAUCAAACAAAUUCCAGUCCAAGUUUGCAAAACAGAGCUUAUAGAUAUUUGAGAUUGCGAAGGAAGCUCCGCCGACACUUGCCGCCUAACAAACCAGAUACAAUUCAUAAGUGGUGGAGUUUCGCAGUUUAGUGUGUUGCAAAUGGAAGUGGAGUACGAUCGGGAUGACUCUCCAAUGAGGGAGCACCGGGAUGAGGGAACAAAUGAUGAUUUAGACGGGGCUGACAAAUCAAGCAGGCACCGGAGCAAGGAUAGGAAGAAGAGUAGCCGAGGGGAAGAGAAGGAUGCCAGAAGUAAAGACCGAGAGCAGUCGAGGAGUGAUGUUGUGAAGGAAAGAGAGAAAGAAUCUAAAGAUUUGGAAAAGGAUCGAGUAUAUGGCAGGGAAAAGAGGAAGGAUGAUAGAGAUGACCGGUAUAAGGAUAAGAGUAGAGAUAAUAAGGUGAAGGAGAAAGAUUAUGAUCGAGAGAGUCAUAGAGAAAAGGAGCAUGAUAGGGGGAAAGAUAGAAAGGACAGAGGGAAGGAAAAAGAGCGGGAGAAGGAGAGAGAGGCAGAGAAGGAUAGUGAUCGAGGACGAGAGAAAGAGAGGGGGAAUAGGGAUAAGGACAGGGAAAGGGAAAAGGAAAGGGACCGGGCAAAAGAAAAGGAAAGAGAAAAAGAGAGAGAAAAACAUAAAGAUCGAGAGAAAGGGAGGGAAAGCUAUAAAGAUACCGAUAGGGAGAGGGUGAAAGACAAGUACAGGGAAAAAGAGAGGGAGGUGGAUCAAGAUAAGGAUAAAUCAAGAGACAGAGGAAGCAGGAGAAGCGUUGAAAGAGAUGAUAAGUUGAAGCUAAAUGGUGAUGAUAACAGGGAUAAAGACAUUCUUAAGCAAGGGAAGGUUUCCCAUAAUGCUGAGGAUGAACGGCAUGCUGAUGGCUUAUCAAGUGGAACACAUCUAUCAUCAUCGGAGCUUGAGGAACGCAUCUUGAAGACGAAGGAAGAGAGAUUAAAGAAGAAAACAGAAGAUGUUCCUGAGGUUUUAGCAUGGGUUAGUAGGAGUCGUAAGAUCGAGGAGAAAAGGAAUGCAGAAAAGCAGAAAGCUUUCCAGCUUUCUAAGAUUUUCGAGGAACAGGACAAUAUUGGUCAAGGAGAAAGUGAAGAUGAGGAGACAGCCCAGGAUCCCACUCAUGAUCUAGCUGGUGUUAAAGUUCUUCAUGGCCUUGACAAAGUAAUGGAAGGCGGGGCAGUUGUUUUAACACUCAAAGAUCAGAAUAUUCUAGCUGAUGGUGACAUUAAUGAAGACAUUGAUAUGCUUGAGAAUGUGGAAAUUGGAGAGCAGAAGCAGCGAGACGAUGCUUACAAGGCAGCAAAGAAGAAAAGGGGGGUUUAUGUCGAUAAGUUUAAUGACGACCCUGGCGCUGAGAAGAAAAUGCUUCCACAGUAUGAUGAUCCAACCCCAGAUGAGGGGUUAACUUUAGAUGAAAGAGGACGCUUUACUGGCGAAGCAGAAAAGAAACUUGAAGAGCUACGUAAGAGGAUACAGGGUGUUCCCACAAAGGACCGCUUUGAAGAUCUCAACAUGUCUGGGAAGAUCUCAUCUGAUUUCUAUACUCAAGAUGAAAUGCUUCAGUUUAAAAAACCUAAGAAAAAGAAAUCCUUGCGGAAGAGGGAGAAGCUAGACUUAGAUGCCCUUGAAGCAGAAGCAGUAUCUGCAGGGUUGGGUGUUGAAGACCUUGGUUCUAGGAAUGAUGCAAAGAGGCAGGCCAAUAAAGAGGAGCAAGAAAGAUUGGAUGCUGAAAGGAGAAAUAGUGCAUACCAGCUGGCUUAUGCUAGAGCAGACGAGGCAUCUAAAUCAUUGCGACUGGAACAAACUCUUUCUGUUAAACGAGAGGAAAAUGAAAAUCCUGUCUUUGCAGAUGAUGACGAUGAUCUGUAUAAAUCCUUAGAGAAAGCAAGGAAAUUGGCUCUUAAAAAGAAAGAGGAGGAAAAAACUGUAUCUGGUCCACAAGCGAUUGCUCUCCUUGCCACCACCACUGGCAGUAGUCAGACUGCAGAUGAUCAAAUCCCCUCAACUGGAGAGUCACAGGAUAACAAGGUUGUCUUCACUGAGAUGGAAGAGUUUGUCUGGGGCCUCCAGCUUGAUGAAGAAUCCCAAAAGCCUGAAAGUGAAGAUGUUUUUAUGCAAGAAGAUGAACCCGAAGUUCCCCAUGAAGAAAAAAUGGAUGAACCUGGUGGAUGGACUGAAGUUAAUGAUAUGGAUGAAGACAAACAGCCUGAUAAUGAGGAUAAGGAGGAGGUAGUUCCUGAUGAAACAAUUCAUGAAGUUGCGGUCGGGAAGGGCUUAUCAGGUGUACUGAAGCUGCUUAAAGAUCGAGGAACCCUUAAAGAAGGUAUUGACUGGGGUGGCAGAAACAUGGACAAGAAAAAGAGCAAACUUUUUGGUAUUGUAGAUGAUGAUGAGGAGGAGCAGCCAAAGGAGACCCAUACAUCACGUCAAAAGAAGGAUGAACCAAGGGAUACUCGUUCAUCCUCUUCCAGCCAUCAAAAGGAUACUCGUGCACCUAAAGUCUAUCAGGAAAAGGAUAUUCGCAUUGAGAGAACCGAUGAAUUUGGCAGAACUUUGACGCCCAAGGAAGCCUUUAGGAUACUUUCUCACAAGUUCCAUGGGAAGGGGCCUGGAAAGAUGAAGCAAGAAAAGCGCAUGAAGCAAUACCAGGAAGAACUAAAGUUGAAGCAGAUGAAGAGUUCAGAUACACCAUCACUGUCUGCGGAGAGGAUGAGGGACACUCAAGCUCGCUUGCAGACACCAUAUCUUGUCCUCAGUGGCCAUGUUAAACCAGGGCAAACUAGCGAUCCCAGAAGUGGUUUUGCAACGGUUGAGAGGGAUCUCCCCGGGGGCUUGACACCCAUGCUUGGUGACAGAAAGGUUGAACAUUUCCUAGGGAUAAAGCGCAAAGCUGAGCCUGAAAGUUCAGACACACCAAAGAGGCCUAAAACUUGAAGUUCACUUUGGUUGGAUUCUGGAGUUGACCUUCAACAUUUUCAAUUUCUUCCACUAUUUGUUCGCUACUACUGACCGUACAUGAAACUUAUUUUUGACAGCCGUGGAGAGAAUUUUCGAGGUAGGCUCUGAAGGUUUCGAACUUUCAACAGUAUUAAAAGAGAUGUUAUUUUCUGUUCUGAGAAUAUACGCAAAACUAUUUUUUCCUUGAACAGGGUGUUGUAUUUGCCGUCCGAGGAUUUCAUUUGAUCUGAAGGUGUGACUGCACCUUUGGAGUUUAGACGAGAAUAUAAUCGUGGGUUGGAGGUUUUUCAACUGUGCAUCAAUGUAUGCGAUAAAUUGUUCAA